GCCGCCGGAGAUAUGUCGAGGCUCGCUGCUGCCGCCCUCCGCUGCGUCGUCACUGCAUCGAGAGAUACCUCCUCAUCUCGCUUCGCCGUGUCUGCGCCGGUGUCUGCUCGGCUCUUCUCCGCGGAUGCAUCCGGUGAAGCCGCCGCCACGGCCGCAGAGUCGCAGGAUGACUCUUUCUUCAAGGCAUCCCGCGAAGGAUUAGCCUAUGGAAGGUUUUACAGUGUCAUUGGUGGAGGCAGUCGUCUUGAGAAGAACAUAUUGAAAACUGAUAUUAUCCAUCACCUUGACAGAUGUGGAUUGUCAUUGGAUGAUGUGAAGAUUGAAUACAACAAGGGAUAUGCUCCAUUGGCCGCUUUGCUGAGGUUUUCUUCGAAGGCAAUGUUUACCACCGCAAUUAGGCAAGCAAAUCAGAAUCGUCUGCACAGGAUUGAUGAGAUAAGUCGUGAAACAUGGGAUCUCAAAAAGUCCUUCGAUGGGAAAGCGGUAUUACUGCAAGGAGUCCCACGAAAUGCCCUCGCAGAUGACAUAGAGCGUUUUUUGUGUGGCACGAACUUUGAACCUCCACCGUUUGAAACCUUUCUAAGAGCUGGUGUCCCAGAGCCCAUAAGAAUGAUGCUGGUUAAGUUCCACACAAAGACCGAUGCGAUGAAUGCCUUCAUCACCAAAAACAGGAGUUUCUGUCUGAACAGUCAAGUUAGCAUGCGUGUUCUUCAGUAACUGAGUAGCCAGUUGAAUCUCGUGAUGUUUGCCCCGGCUUUGUCAAACAAAAAGCCUUUUAAGUCCGAUCUGAGGUCUAUCCAUUAUCCACAAAUGUUGCCGCAUUGUGUGUUUCUGCAGGUUAUAUUGGACUGGCAGCCUGCUUUAGGUUUUCAUUCCUACUAGUUUGUGGUUUCAGCUGUACUGCACCGCUUUUAUUUCAUGAGUACUCUGAAAAAUGUACCACCAUUCCGCUUUACAAUGAAAUAAUUAACGGCAC